UUCCACAGCUAGGAGAGGAUUACGAGCGCCUUGGUGUGACAAGAUCGUCGCAAGCUAAGUGGUGUGCAAUAGAGGUACUCCACCAUGGCGCACCGAUGGGGGUUGGCUUGUGCGGCGGGAUUACUUCUGGCUGCGGUAGGCAGAACGGAUGCCUUUUACUUGCCUGGCAAGGCGCCGAACUCCUUCAGCAACGGAGAGAAGGUUGAGCUGCAGGUGGUGUUGCUGACGUCCACGAAGACUCAGAUCCCGUUCGACUACUACCGCGCGCCCUACUGCCGACCUAGCAAGAUCACCAAGGAGGCAGAGAAUCUAGGGGAGGUGCUCAUGGGGGACAAGAUCUCGUCGUCACCCUAUGUGCUGGAGAUGGCCCAAAACGCCUACUGCUCCGUCCUGUGCCAUCAACAAAUGAGCGAUGGCGACAUGAAACAACUCCGAUCGUUGAUUGGCAACGAUUACAGGGUGCACAUGCAGCUGGAUAAUCUCCCAGUCGCCAUCGUCCGCGAUGACAGAGGGCAGACGCCGACUCAUGGCUUCCCAGUGGGGUACCAGGAGGGCGAGGACCACUUCCUGUACAACCACUUGGCGUUCAUCGUCAAAUACCACGAGGCAGACCACUUCCAGGGGAAGCGCGUGGUCGGGUUUGAGGUGAUCCCGUACUCCAUCGCCCACCGUUGGGAAGAAACACACAAGGAGGGUGGUGGCGAGCAGGAACCGCAGAGUGGCGAUGCGGUAGAAGGCAACAGACGGCGAGACCGCCAAUUGGGUGAGAAGCUCGAGACUUGUCCACAGAGGGGCAUGGCGCCUCCCAUUGACAGGCAGUCGGUGGAAGCAGCUGGAGAGGUUAUCUUCACGUACGAUGUUGAGUGGGAACUAGACCCCAAAACCACCUGGUCGCGGAGAUGGGAAAAUUACCUCAAGGGCAACCCUGAGAACGAGAUCCACUACUUUUCCAUCGUGAACUCCCUGAUGAUCACCCUGUUCUUGACUGGAGUGGUGGCCAUGAUCAUGCUCAGGACGCUAAGGAAGGACAUCACUAACUACAACGAGAUGCAAUCUGUUGAGGACGCUCAGGAGGAGAGCGGCUGGAAACUCGUGCACGGAGACGUUUUCCGCCCGCCGUCCUUCAGCCCCAUGCUGCUGUCCAUCAUGUGUGGUACCGGCAUGCAGGUGUUGGCAAUGACGCUGUCGACCAUCACCUUCGCAUUCUUGGGCUUCCUCAGCCCGGCCAACAGGGGCGGCAUGUUGACGGCGCUGCUGGUGCUCUUCGUGCUGAUGGGGUCUUUCGCCGGCUACUGGUCUGCCACCAUGUACAAGUUCUUCAACGGCAAGAUGUGGAAGCGUUGCACGCUAGCCACGGCUCUACUGUUCCCCUCAAUGAUCUUUGCGAUCUUCGCGGCUCUCGACAUAAUGGUGUGGUCUCGAGGGUCGUCAUCGAAGUUGCCGGUGUCGCUGCUGUUCUUGUGGUUCUUUGUCUGCGCGCCGUUGGUGUUCGUGGGGAGCUACUUCGGUUUCCGUGCGGAGACUUACACCAUUCCCGUCAGGGUCAACCAAAUCGCCAGACAUGUGCCGGGGCAGCUGUGGUACACCAACCCUAUGUUUGCAAUCGCUCUGGGGGGGGUCUUGCCUUUCGGCGCGGUGUGCAUCGAGCUCUUCUUCAUCAUGAGCGCUCUCUGGCUGCACCAGAUAUACUACGUGUUUGGGUUCCUGUACGUGGUGUUCUUCAUCCUCAUCGCCACUUGUGCGGAAAUCACGAUGGUGAUGUGCUACUUCCAGCUCUGUAAUGAGGACUACCACUGGUGGUGGCGUGCGUUCUUGUCGGCGGGGUCGAGUGCCGGGUAUCUGUUCAUGUACUCUGUGUGGUACUUCUACUCGAAGCUAGACAUCAGCGGCUUUGUGUCGACGUCGGUCUACUUCGGCUACAUGCUCGUGAUUGCACUAACCUUCUUCUUGCUGACGGGCAGCAGCGGAUUCUUCGCGUGCUUCUGGUUCGUCCGCAAGAUCUACAGCGCGAUCAAGGUCGACUGAUACAGCAACACCUGGGCAAGCGGGCAACGGUUGUUGCUCGCGGGUCUCAACACGGAAAAUGAUGGGGGAGUUGAAGUACCCCGUAACCAAGUGUUUUAUGGUCGCCAGCACGGAUCGGACAAUCGUGUUGCCUCAGUGUUUUAUUUCGUUUUGUGUAUAAUGCUGUGGGCACGCACCACGGCACGCGUGAACUACAAGUGAACUUGAUUCGGAAGGUGGAUAACAUGUCAAGUCGGACGCCUGUGACUUGCGUAUUCGAUGCCGUUCAUAAUGUAGUAGCCGUCUCUAUAACAUUUAGUUGUGGCACGAUUGAAGAUCCAAGCACUUGGGCUUUGCUGAGUUCGUCAGCGACAAAAAAUAGGUAGCCGGUUUACGGAAGACACCGAUGUAACGGCAAAGUGGGCUGCUGCUGGGUGCCCUGCUCUUAGGCUUAUCAUUGGCAGGAGUGUGGCGCACCCUCGGGGCCUCGUGGGUGGAUUGUUUUUUGUGUGUUUGCUUUGUAUUGUCAAAAUUAAUGCAUAUUGCCUCUAAACUAUGCAGCUUUCGAUUAUUGGCCACAAUCACGCCCACCCUGAGAUCAAUGGGGUGCUUUUUUUUUGUCAGAUAUACUCGCCGCAUAGUAAGGAUGGUUGAAUAUGGGACAUGGAUCCACGGAGAUUGCAAUUAGUAGAUUGCGGAGGAACAGGGAGUUUCGACUUGGUUUCUUUGGAGAUUCGAUGAGUGAUCUGAACUGCGUGACGGAUGGGUGUUGUGACUUUCUCUUCGGGUCCUCGGACACGAGUGAUCUCUGCUGUCCCCCCUCCCUUCUAAUACAAGACUUUCUCAUCUCGGCCCUCACUGGCCGAGCUGCCUUUCUCCUUAAACCUACAAGCUUCGGCCUAUCCGGUUUACCCGACACGCUAGCGGAAAACGACUUUGUCGAGGGUGAUUGGGUGGCACCGAUGGUCAGCCGCGCCAACCAGAAGAAGAGCCCACCGACGGCGAGGGCCUGCACAGCAGAAGCGCCCCCAAGACCUACAGCAGCGCCAUCGUCAGUUGAGCCCCGCCGUCUACUGGGCUUGUAGGCAUGAACAGGCACGUGAUGACUUGUCAGUUUUAGACUGCUGUCGUUAUGUACACCCAUGCGGUGAUGCGGUACGCCUACAUAGUGCCGUCAGAUCCUAAACGCGGCAUUACGCCGUGCGGUACUGCCGUCAAACGCAAACGCUUACUCCAACUCCACCUUCACCCGGCACUGCCUUUUAAAAACUCUCUCCAACUCUUUCUCUGGUAUGAUCGCGGCAACACGCUGCGCGGUACUGCCGUCAAACGCUAACGCUUACUCAAUCAAAACGCGACACUACGUCGUGCGGUACUGCCGUCAGACUCCACCGCUCGGUCAAAGGCCGACUUCCUGUAGCAAAUGGGUAGACCCAACCUUUCCAACCAGUAGUAUAAUCCUCAAAAACUGAUGCUGGAUAAACCGGGUAGGCCGAAGCUUGUAGGUUUGUGGAGAAAGGCAGCUCGGCCAGUGAGGGCCGAGAUGGGAAAGUCUUGUAUUAGAGGAAAGAGGGAAGGGCAGAGACCACUCGAGGCCGAGCAGCCGAAGAGUGUGUCACCACACCUAUCCGUCACGCAAUUCAGAUCACUCAUCAAAUCUCCGAAGAAACCAAGCAGAAACUCCCUGUUCCUCCGCGAUCUACCAACUGCAAUCUCCGUAGAUCCAUGUCCCAUAUUAAACCACAUUACUAUGCUACGAGUAUAUCUUACAGCCCCCCUGCUCGUAUGCAUCGUAAUGACACGGCAAGUCAAUAUAAUUCCAUGAGACCCAAAACGUGGAUCCUACUCCUCCAUGACAAACAAGUAACCGAGAAUGAAUUCGAUUAUGCAAGUGUUCCUGAACCCACAACGUCUUGUCCCAUCGUCUUCAUUUCUUCUCUGCAAAACGCUCUUCCUCUGGUCCAUCCUUUCUCAGCACUUCGCCGCAACGACACCCGCAAAGUACUUAUGUCCCUCGCACAACUGAAAGCCUUAAACAAUCUAUCGAGUCAAACCUGUCUGUGGAACUCCUCUUCAUUUUCUUUCCAAAACACGGAUCAAUUCGUAGAAAAUCGCCUUCUUUGUUGUGCAUCCGACUACGUUCAUCCGACUACGAAUCCUACCAAAAAUACACAAACUUUCGAACACAAACCAAAGUAUACGUUUCAUGCCCACUUCGCAGAUAAAACGCUUCUGGGCAUGGUACCAAUCCUCUACUCUCACACUUCCGAUCAAAUAACAUCCAUCCCCAAACAUUCGUUCAGCGUUGAGAUCAUUUGAGCAGAACAUACGCGAGCGAGUAUUUUCCUUACUGUUUCUCCCUAGAAACUUAGCACCAGCUACAGUGAAUUCCUUCCGAAAGAACAACGUGCCCCCCUGCUCUGGGAGAUCCGCCCCCCUGAUUUGGGUUGGAGUCAGAACCAUAGAACAAAAGAACAACAUUCAAAAUUCAUCCAGUCGAAACUCAAGAAAAACAAACCUGCUACAAAUAAAUCCCGACGAAACACCAAAAACAAAUCAAAUCCAAUGCCAAAACAACGUUCACAACCCAAAUGCUAGAAAUCAAUUCAACACCAAGACCAAAAUCCAAUCCAACCAACACAAUCCAAUACCAAAACAAUAACACUCGAACCCCUACAUUUGCCGGCGCAUCAAGCUCCAGCGCUUAACCCAUUGCCCAAGCCAUUGUUUCUCCCCCCCCCAGCGGAUAUUUCGCACGCCUUCGCCGCGGUCGCCUAUCUCCUUUCAUAUUUUCCGGCUGGCCGCGGCUCGAGCUUGGAUGUUUGCGUCCGCCUGAAGUGGAGGAAGAACAAUUGUCGCUCCCGUAGGAUUGACUCGGCGGUGGUGUAGGGCAGGUCGCGCGUUCGGAGGGAAAGAUGGCGGCAGCUGAAUAUCAUCCUGAAACGGAGGUUGAUUAGUCCUCUGUUGCAAAAUAGUAAUCAAGCUGCUGCUACUGUUCUAACCAUAGGGUAAUCAAUCCUACGUCAAAACCUUCACAAUUUUGGAACGGCAAUCUCACAACAAUAGUAACCUCAAGACAAAGUGUAACAAUCUUCGGAAAUCAGUAUUUCGUCUGUGCUACUGCUGUAUUGUGGAAUUUUCAUCUGCAACAAAAGGUUCCAAUGUUGCACGUCGAUGAGACUUGACACGUCUAAGGUACUCGGUGAUAUAACCAAGACAUGAAAAGUUUUUGAUCAGGUUAAAGCUGCUACCCAGAGAGAGUCCAGAUAAAACGUUGAUCACGCAUUUUUGACCAGGCUAAACCUGCUGCUCAAUAAGUAGCUACCAAAGAGAGCCCAGAUAAAACGUUGAUCACGCUAUUGCCGGGGAGAGAAAGUUGGUCUCAGCACGGCUGUCAGGAUGACAAAGCAAAAACCUCGCCGAUCACUGCAUUUCAUUACGCACAAUACUAUUUCUAAUACCAUGCUACACGCACACAUCAUAUCAUCAGUUUAGAAACUGGCAUCAGUUUUUGAGGAUUACUGGUAACCUAGGUUGGGUCUACCCAUGUGCUACAGGUAGUCGGCCUUUGACCGAGCGGUGGAGUUUGACGGCAGUACCGCACGACGUAUUGUCGCGUUUUGAUUGAGUAAGCGUUGGCGUUUGACGGCAUUACCGCGCAGCGUGUUGCCGCGAUUAUACUAGAGAAAGAGUAGGAGAGAGCGUUUGACGGCCGUGCCGGGUGGAGGUGGAGGUGGCGUUAGCGUUGGCGUUUGACGGCAGUACCGCACGGCGUAUUGCCGCGUUUAGAAUCGGACGGCACUAUGAGUACCGCAUCACCGCAAUGGGUGUGUUGAUACCAACAACAGUCCAGUAGGAAACUGAAAAGUCAUCACGUGCCUGAGCGGGCCUACUACCCAAGUAGACGGCGGGCUGCAGCUGACGAUGGCGCUGCUGUAGGUCUUGGGGUUGCUGCUGCUGUGCAGGCCCUCGCCGUUGGUGGCCUCUUCGUCUGGUUGGGUGUCGUCAGCCGCGCAUGCGGCUGCCCAUCGGCGCUGCCCAAUCACCCUCGACAAAAUCGUUAAUGCUAGCGUUUUGGAUGAACCGGGUAGGCCGAAGCUUGUAGGUUUGUGGAGAAAGGCAGCUCGGCCAGUGAGGGCCGAGAUGGGAAAGUCCUGUAUUAGAGGAAAGAGGGAAGGGCAGAGACCACUCGAGGCCGAGCAGCCGAAGAGUGUGUCACCACACCUAUCCGUCACGCAAUUCAGAUCACUCAUCAAAUCUCCGAAGAAACCAAGCAGAAACUCCCUGUUCCUCCGCGAUCUCCCAACUGCAAUCUCCGUAGAUCCAUGUCCCAUAUUAAACCACAUUACUAUGCUACGAGUAUAUCUUACAACUGAUGCCAGUUUCGAAACUGACGAUACGAUGUGUGUAUGUAGCAUAGUAUUAGAAAUAGUAUUGUGCGUAAUGCAAUGCAGUAAUUGGCGGGGAUUUGUGAUUUGUCUUCCUGACAGCCGUGCUGAGAACAACUUUCUCUCCCCGGCAACAGCGUGAUCAACGUUUUAUCUGGGCUCUCUUUGGUAGCUACUUUUUGGCAGCAGCAAGUUUAUCAGCCUGAUCAAAAAUAAUUGCGUGAUGAACGUUUUUAAUCUGGACUCUCUUUGGGUAGCAGCUUUAACCUGGUCAAAAACUGUUCAUGUCUUGGUUCUGUCAGCGAGUGCCAGAAACGUGUGAAGUCUCAGCGACGUGCAACAUUGAUUGGUACCUCCACCGUGUUGCAGAUUAAAAAUCCACAAUAAUAUUGACGAAGUAAAUGCUGAUUUCCGAAUAUUGUUAUACAUACAUUGUCUUGAGGUUGCUUUUUGUUGUGAGAUUGCGGUUCCAAGAUGUUAAGGUUUUGACUUAGGAUUGAUUACCCUAUGGUUAGAACAAGAGCAGCGACUGUAUUAUUAUUUUGUGAUCGAGGACUGAUCAACCUUCGUUUCAGGAUGAUGUUCAGCUAUUUAUUGAGUGGCAAUGUCGCAGUGAUGGGUAGUUUAAGGCAAACCAUUCCACAAGUAGGGUCCGACGACUUAUAAGUGUGUUUCAUUUUUUGCUUUUUCUGCUGUAGUCAUCACAACUGUGCAGAACCGGGGGUAAUGCUGGUAGUAUGUGUCACAGAAUGUGGCGUCUUGCAGCAGCGGAGGUGGCGGUGCCGCUGUAGCUCGUAGACUUUGUAGUCUACCACAGAGGUUACACUGCUGUCACCGCUCUAUCACAGAGGUUGGUCUACACUGCUGUGAAAUCGGUAGGCCCGAGCGAGCUUUGGAAAGAGAAAUGCAGAUAGAUGUUCUUAUCAACUGACUCCCUGGUCAGGCUUUGAUGGGUGCUAGAUGAGAGUGAGCACAAGGGGCGAAGGCGCGCUUGUGUCUCAUCUCAACAACAAAAC